AUGGACGGGCCGGUGUCCGUGGCGCCGAAGCAGCAGCAACAACAGAAGAAGAUCAUCACGCGCGAAGCCAAGCGCAUGCUUCGCGACGUCAUGGACGAACUGCGACGGGUGCAAACAGUCGACGCGAGUGGUAAGAAUCUCGGUGACGAAGGUACGUGCUUCAUCGCCGAAGCGUUCGCGUACAAUAACGUGGCUACGUGCGUGGACAUGAGCGCGAACGGCAUCGGCGUCGAGGGCGUCACGGCGCUUUGCGAGGCGCUGAAGUGUAACGACACGCUGACGAUGUUGUCGCUCGCGAGUAACUCGCUGGGCGACGAAGGUGCGAAGGUGUUGGCGGACUAUCUCAAGACGGAUGAAAAGAUUACAACCAUCAACUUGAACGCGUGCUCGAUCGGCGACGAAGGCGCCAGGGCAAUCGCCGAGGCGCUCAAGACGAACACCACCAUCACUUCCCUCGAGAUGAACAACAAUAUGGUCGAUUACGAAGGUUCAGGCGCGCUCGCUCAGGCGUUUGCGCAGAAUAGCACGGUGGAGUUGCUCGCUCUGAGCGGCAACUACGUCGGCACUCUCGGCGCCGCGGCGCUCGGCGCCGCGUUCAAGGAGAACACUGGGUUGCGCUCUCUCCAAUUGAACGGAAACGACAUAGGCAACGAAGGUUGCAUCAAGCUCUGUGAGGGACUGGCGGCGCGCAAAGAUAAAAUUAACAACUUGGACCUCGGCAACAACUCCAUCGGCCCCGAAGCAGGACCGGCGCUUCGCGAUUAUCUCAAGGACGACGACGCGUUGACGCAUCUCAACCUGUACAUGAACGAGCUCGCAAACGACGGCUGCGCCGCUGUCGCCGAAUCGCUCAAAGAUAACAAGAAGAUAGAGCUUCUUGAUAUCGGUGGGAACAACAUCGGCGCUUUCGGCGCCGAGAAGCUUGCUGAAGCGUUGCGAGACAACGAAUCCUUGGUGACGCUCGAACUCGGGUACAACCCGAUCGGUGUCCCCGGUGGCAAGGCUCUCGCAGAGACGGUGAAAUUUCAUGGUAAAUUAAAUACCAUGCGUAUGGGCUGGUGUAAAAUUGGCAAGGAAGGCGGCUUCGCAUUCGCGGAUGCGAUCAAGUACUCGAGCUCGCUCGCGGUGUUGGAUUUGCGCGGCAACGACCUUGGCGACGACGGCGUUGCGGCGCUCGCGCAGUCGCUCGGCGUCGUCAACGAAGUAUUGACCAACCUCGACCUCGGUUACAACGAAAUCAAGGACAAGGGCGCUUUCGCUCUGGCGCAGGCGAUCAAGAACAAUGCAGACGGUUCCUUGCAAACGCUCUCCAUCAACAACAACUACUUGACCAAAUUCGGCGAAGUCGCCCUCACGGAGGCGGUCGAGUUGGUUCAGGAAAUGAACGCCGAUCGCGACCUGUACGUGCAGUUCUAA